AUGCCAAAAUACUCCAAAUUCAUGAGAGAUUUUCUCACUCACAAAAGGAAGAUUGAGUCAAUCCAACAAGUCAACUUGAGUGAAGAAUGCCCAGCGGCACUCCUCAGCAAACUCCCCCAAAAGAAGAUUGAUCUCGGAAGCUUCACCAUUCUUUGCUUGAUUGGAGGAUCACCAAUAAGCAAUGUGCUUGUCGACCUAGGGGCUAGCAUUAAUCUAAUGCCUGCCUCCAUGUUCAACAGACUCGGAUUAGGAAAGCCACGUCCUACAAGGAUGAGCAUACAACUUGCAGAUAGUUUGGUAAAAUACCUUCAAGGUGUCAUGGAGAAUCUCUUGGCCAACGUUGGGGAAUUUAUUUUCCCGGCCGACUUCGUAAUCCUAGAUAUGGAAGAAGACACCGAGAUCCCACUCAUAUUAGGAAGACCAUUCCUUGCCACCGCCUGGGCCAUGGUAGAUAUGAGUGACGGAAGGUUAACACUAAGGUUAGGUGACAAGGAAAUUAAGUUUGAAGUAAGACAAUGCGUGGAGGAGGACCUGGUCAACUACAUCAAAGCAAUAGACUCAAGCCUAGACUACGCCCUAAGCCGGUGCAACUUGGGAUGCGAGUCAUCCCGCUCCGGUAACAUUUGA